GCCUAACUUCAUGCGGUACCUUUGACAGCUCAAUUUACGUAAAAAUCACCAAAAAUCUGUAAAAUGCCGGAAGCAAAGCCCAGAAAUAUCGUGGAGUCGUUUUUUACUUCUGUAGGCAAUAUUCUGGAGUCGCCUGUAAUCUGGGUUAGAGAAAAAAUCGUUGAACCCAACCAAAAACAGUACCCAUGGUACCACCAGAAGUUCCGCAGGGUUCCAACCAUUGACCAGUGUUACGAAGACGAUAUUGUCUGUCAAUUUGAAGCUGAUGCCCAAUACAGAAGAGAUAAACAAGUAGAUUCUGAGGUAUUAACAAUCCUAAGAGAACGCUUUGAAGAUUGCGCUCUAUACGAAGCCCCUGAUCAUUUGGAAAAAUGCACUCCACUGCUUAAGCAGUACGAAGACGCUACGACCAAUUGGUUUAUUAAAUAUGGCGAUUUAGGAGCUUAUCAUAAUGCUAAAACUGCUUUCAUGAAGCAAAAACAUAGAAUGGUUUGGGAACGUAGACACGGACCAGUCGGCUGUGGCAUGCAAGGAAAGGUUGCUGAGUAAUUUUUGAACAAUAUAUUUGAUGUAGUUACAAAAUAUUUCAUAGUUAUUGAAAAUGUAAUAAACAUUGUAAUAA